AUGCGAACGCCCAUGGAACGUCUCACCACGCUGCUUCGAAGGAAGAUCGAGAAGGAGCGGGUAGGGCCAAAGGAGCCGCAGAAGGGCACCCGGGAGGGGACGAGCGGGAAGAGACGGAGCGUCUCCCCCAGCGCCCCGGAUGGCCCUCCCCACGCCCGCUCCUGUUGGCUUUGCGGACGCGACACCUCGCUGCGAUUUCGUCUGAAAGAUACCAGUGCGCUGUGUUUUCCCUGUUUUCACACCGCCUACGUUGCGUUGGUGUUGCCGAUCAUUGACACCCCGAAACGGCGCGCGAAUGACCGACAGCUGGCGUGCGAGAUCGAGAAGUUACGGGUCGCCUCCGACGCGGAGAUGAAGGUGGAGGCGGCGGAUCCGUCGCGGGCCCCGCUUAUGGCCCUUUCGCGCUUCCAAACCCACCACCGGGAGCAGACAAAUAUUACUAACCGAAGCGAGGAAUUGGAUCUUUCAAAGGAAUUCCGAGUCGACUCAAAUAAUAACUCCUUGGCCCCGGUUGUGGUUACCACCUGUCCCCUCUGUGGAGUAGACUUGUCCGAUUUAUACAAUUCGCCGCUCUCUAGCAAUAUCGAACGAAGCCUAUGUCAUAAUAAAGAGAUUCACAUCAUAUGGAAGUGUCAGGAGUGCGGCGCUGUGAGCACCAUCGAGGGAGAUUGCUGUCAUAGCUGUAAGAAGCCACGCGUCUGGUCCUGCAGAUACUGCACUACUCUACACGACAUCGAGCGCUCUGCGGAUGGUUUGCGGUACUGCUUGACAUGUGGGAACUAUAACACCCCUGAGGAUAUCUUCAUAGGACAGGCCAUGAUUCAGGAGGAACAAGAGAUGGCAAAGCGGAUGGCGGCAAGCGAUCAGACGUGUAGCGAAACAGAAAUGAUGGGUAGUGUAGUCUUUGGCGUAAACGACUCCUGUACUUUACUAGAGCUUGAACGGCAACAAGAAAUCGAGACGAAUACACAUCGCCUCAAAUGCCGCCUUGAAAAGCUUCAACUCAAAUGUAGUGGUCAAAAGGACGAUGGAAACUGUCUCUUCGCCUCGCUUGCUCAUCAGCUAUUUGGAAAGGCUCAUCUUCACCACAUUAUUCGUUUUUGUGUUGUCGCAUACAUGAAAGAAAAUGAGUCCGAUUACAGGGUGUUCUUUAAUGGUAAGAAAGAGUGGCAGCAAUAUCUUUCAGACAUGAAGAAAAGUGGGUUCUGGGGCGAUGAGAUCUGCAUCAAUGCCGCUGCGAGAUGCUUCUGUGUGGAUAUCCACGUUAUCACAAGUGACGCUACUCGCUGGCAUUUAGUCUUUCAACACAACCAGCUCGGCAGCUCCAAGUCCAGGUUAUGUCAUAAAACAUCUGUAUAUAGCACGGCGGAGGAAGCCGAGCUGAAAUCAUCGUCGUCAUGCCUCCACAAAAGUUCUAAUGCCGCGGAUAACGUCGUGUGUCUCUUCCUGGUCUACAAGUCGCCUGUUCACUUUGAUGAUAUCGAAUCCAGUGAGGCCCCUUGCAUCACACUUUCUGAUCUCCUGAUCCCAGAGCUUUAUAAGUUGAUGCAGUCAGAAAGAAAAAAAAUAGCCUCCAAGACCGUACAGCCCAGAGCUGCACGGAAAACAGGCGCGGCAUUUACACAAAGUGCAAGUAGUCAGGGGCCAAGCAAACAUCCAAGAAAGCAUAACACACAUAUUAGUAGUGCCUCUGUUGAUUCGAGUAUAGCAAGUAAUGAGGGUGGAGUGCCUCCAUGUGACAAAGAUGUCCUUCCACAGUAUGCCCCAGGUAUAUCAAUGGCGUCAACCCUCGAUCUACCCGAGGCUAAAGCGUAUGAAACCACAACAAAUAACACCUCCAGUGCCCAUUAA